AAUAAUUUCCUUUGACCCACCGGAAAUGAGCCGCAGAUUCGGCGAUACUGGCUGACAGCCAUCCCCUCCAUAGGGGGAAAUUGGGGGCUGUGAAUGGCCUUGUCCCACGCCUGUCGCGUUCAUCUUAUACUUGAAUGUCUCUCCCCCUCCUCCUCCUCCUCCUCCUCCUUCUCUUCUUCCCUUCCUUCUCACGAUCUGACGUUUUCGCCAUCGUUGUCGUUCCUUUCCCACGGUAGUCACUCCUUUGCACUACAUAGUCACUCCUUGAUUCAAACCCUCCAACUCCCCAAGACCUUACUGUCACUCUUUAUUCUCCACAAAAUACGAAGAUAAAUCGAAAAAAAUGCGUUUCUUCACUACUGCCCUCGUCUCCGCCCUUGCGGCCCUGGCCUCUGCCUACACCACCCCCAACUACUCGGAGGACCCCUCCGGCAAUGCCAUCUACACUCCCAGCUUGAACGAGAUCGUUGCUGCUGGCUCGCCUUUUGAGAUCACCUGGGACCCCACCACCACCGGUACCGUGUCUCUGGUCCUUCUGCGCGGUCCCAGCACCGACUGCGUGCCCAUCCAGACCAUUGUUGAAGACAUUGACAACACUGGCAAAUACUCCUGGACCCCCAGCACCACCCUUGAGCCUGACACCUCCCGCUACGGUAUCCUUCUCGUUGUUGAGGGCACUGGCCAGUACCAGUACUCCACCCAGUUCGGCAUCUCGAACGCUUACUACUCCUCUUCUUCCUCUGUUGCCGCUGCUACUACCACCACUGCCGCCGCCGUGAGCACCGUUUCCUCUGCCACCCAGGUUGUCGUCACCCAGGCCACCACCGUCUCCGCCGAGACUGUUACCGCCGAUGUUAAGCCUACCGUCACCUCCGUCCCUGUGAUCGGUGGCACCAAGCCUACCAGCUUGGUUGCUGCUCCCUCUGGCCUCUCUUCCAGCCUCGUCGCCAGCUCCGCUGCUGCUUCUGGCACUCCUGCUGCCAGCAGCUCCUCCGUCACCCCCCUCUACACCGGCGCUGCCGACCGCAACGCCAUCAGCUUCGGUGCCGUCGCCGCUGGUGUCGUUGCCGUCCUUGCUUUCUAAGUGAGCAGCCAACCGGCGCAUUGGUGAAGGAAGUUGUAUCUAGCUGAGACUGUUUAUCAGUAUACCCAAUAGUUAAUGAUCAAGGGAUAACAUUGAACCAACCUUGCGCCGAUCCUCCACUAACGUUUCACCUAAA